AUGCGUCGACCGUUGCUCAUUGUCAUCGCCGCCGCCGCACUGUACACGGUGGCGGCGAAGCGGAAGCUCAAGGAGCAGGAGAUCAUUCAGCGUGUCCUCAAGGAUUAUGAUUGGAGAGUUCGACCGAGGGGCCUCAACUCAUCAUGGCCAGACACUGGCGGACCAGUGAUGGUCACCGUCAACAUUUAUCUUCGCUCGAUAUCCAAGAUUGACGAUGUGAAUAUGGAAUACAGCGCGCAGUUCACAUUUCGAGAAGAAUGGGUCGACGCGAGGCUCGCGUAUGGCAGAUAUGAAGAUCAGGAUACCGAGGUGCCGCCAUUCGUUGUGCUCGCCACCUCCGAGAAUGCGGAUCAGAGCCAACAGAUUUGGAUGCCGGACACGUUUUUCCAAAAUGAGAAAGAAGCCCGACGACAUCUAAUCGACAAGCCGAAUGUGCUGAUCCGAAUACACAAGGAUGGCUCGAUCCUCUAUUCCGUUCGUCUCUCGCUGGUCCUCUCUUGUCCGAUGUCGCUCGAAUUCUAUCCGCUGGAUCGCCAAAAUUGCCUCAUCGAUCUCGCGUCAUAUGCGUACACGACGCAAGACAUCAAGUACGAGUGGAAGGCGACGAAGCCGAUUCAGCAGAAGGACGGCCUCCGGCAAUCGUUGCCGUCGUUCGAGCUUCAGGACGUCGUCACCGACUACUGUACGUCGCGAACGAACACAGGUGAAUAUUCAUGUCUUCGUACUCGAAUGGUCCUUCGUCGCGAAUUCAGUUACUAUCUGUUGCAGCUCUACAUUCCAUCGUUUAUGCUUGUCAUUGUCUCAUGGGUCUCGUUUUGGCUCGACAAGGACUCGGUGCCGGCAAGAGUCACACUAGGAGUAACUACUCUUCUGACAAUGACCACUCAGAGUUCCGGCAUCAACGCGAAAUUGCCGCCGGUGAGCUACACGAAGGCGAUCGAUGUGUGGAUCGGCGUGUGUCUCGCGUUCAUCUUCGGCGCACUUCUCGAGUUCGCGCUAGUCAAUUAUGCGGCGCGCAAGGAUAUGACGCAGGUCUCGCAGCGAAUCCGGCAGAUGAAACAAUUGCCAACCGACGGCUAUCGACCGCUGUCGGCGUCGCAAGGCCGCACAUCAUUCUGUUGUCGAAUAUUCGUCAGACGGUACAAGGAGCGAUCGAAGCGCAUCGACGUGGUGUCGCGAGUGGUGUUCCCAAUCGGCUAUGCGUGUUUCAAUGGUGAAUACAGUUGCGCACGGGUGGUUCUCAAACUUCGUCGAGAAUAUAGUUACUAUCUUAUUCAACUUUAUAUUCCGUGUAUUAUGCUUGUCGUCGUCUCAUGGGUCUCAUUUUGGCUUGAUAAGGAUGCGGUUCCGGCGAGAGUUUCACUCGGUGUCACCACACUGCUAACAAUGACAACUCAAGCUAGUGGCAUCAACUCGAAGCUGCCGCCAGUCUCUUAUAUUAAGGCUGUUGAUGUUUGGAUUGGCGUUUGUCUCGCGUUCAUCUUCGGCGCACUUCUAGAAUAUGCUGUUGUAAACUAUUACGGUAGGAAGGAAUUCUUGAAGAAGGAAAAGGGCAAGAAGACGCGGCUCGAUGAUUGUGUGUGCCCGUCGGAUCGGCCGCCGCUACGAUUGGACUUGUCCGCCUAUCGUGGGGUCCGAAAACUUCCUAUCAUAUCGAGGCUAAGUGAGCUUCUGGCUGCCAACUCAGACGUCUCUCGACGAGUCGAUUUGAUGUCGAGAGCAAUAUUCCCCACAUUAUUCUUCACAUUUUUAAUAUUAUAUUAUAUAUUCUACGUGAAGCAAAGCCGUGAGGAUUGA